GGAGAACAUUCUUUAGGGGUUAACCGACAAUUAUCAACACACCGUCGAAGCGGCGACCGGAGAAACGAAAGGAGAGCUUCUUCCGUAAGACGCUGGCGAAUUUUUAGUUUCUCAUUCGAUCGAAGGAAUCGCUUAUUAGGGUUUCGAAUCGGAGGAAUCGUGAAAGAGGAGGAGGGAGAUGAAGAGGGUUUUCGGCGCGAAGAAGAGCAAGGAGCCCCCUCCCACCGUCCAAGAUGCCACCGAUCGGAUAAAUAAACGAGGUGAUACAGUGGAUGAGAGAAUUGCAAAGCUUGAUGCUGAGUUGGCCAGAUAUAGAGAACAAAUAAAAAAGACCCGACCAGGUCCUGCUCAGGAGGCUGUUAAAGCUCGAGCUAUGCGAGUUCUCAAGCAGAAACGACUGUACGAAGGACAGCGUGAUAUGUUGUACAAUCAGACAUUCAACCUAGACCAAGUUACUUUUGCUUCUGAAGGAAUAAAAGAUGCUCAACAAACUGUAUCUGCAUUGAAAUCAGCGAACAAGGAGUUGAAAGGCAUGAUGAAGACUGUGAAGAUAGAUGAUAUUGACAACAUGCAAGAUGAGAUGAUGGAUCUGAUGGAUGUUAGCUCAGAGAUACAAGAAUCCCUUGGUCGAAGUUACAAUGUUCCAGAGGAUAUAGACGAAGAAGAGCUUAUGGGUGAGCUUGAUGCCCUAGAAGCAGAUAUGGGAACAGAGACUGAAUCUGAUUCAGUUCCUUCCUACCUUCAACCAGAUAAAGAACCUGAUUUGGACGCAGAACUCAACUUUCCUUCAGCUCCGACAGGGCAUCAACCCAACAGACAGAAUGCCCAGGCAGAGGAUGAAUUUGGUCUACCCGCUGUGCCUGGAGCCUCUAUUCGCGGUUGAGAGCAAGCCAUAGCAGAUAAAAUUCGUGUCAAUACAACGCUGUUCUAUUUGGAGAUGCAGCAUACUUGUACCGGUACGAAUUUAUGACGUUGGUAAAGUGAGCCUACUCAUUUUGUGAAUAUGCUUUGUCUGUUCCGAACACUAAAACGUAACUACUGUUAUUUUGGAGGCAUUUCGUUAUGGUGAUUCUAUUAUCGUCUUCCGUUGUAUAUUUUGUCGCAUGACGCUCGUUUCUGUAUGGCUUUUGAAUGGGUCUGACAUUAAUCGCUUGUGAAAUAUUUUCCGCA